CUGGACCCUCCACUCACAUCCAUCCCCAGUGGAUCUUGGCGUUGUAAGGAAUGCGGUGGCAGAGAGGUCAAGGUACAAAAAAGCCAGCAAGCUUUGCAACCUCCGCAGACAAACUCUAAGACCUCCACCGUCGACAUGUCAUUGUUCCCCUUGCUGUCCUCCACCACAGCCUCAGCAAAGGAGAGCCCAGACGCGUGUGGUAUUUGUCACCUGGGAGGAGGAGACCUCGCUCGCUGCCUUCAGUGUUCCAAGUGUUACCACCGCCACUGCCACUUCCACAUCGGGCGAUCCACCUGUCUGUCGUGCUCCAAGGCGUUGGUCAGCACUGCAGAAAAGGAGGCCGAUACCAAAUGUUUACAGCUCGCCACAGCGGCGCAUAACCCACACGGCCACGAACAGAGCUCAUCGGUUCAGAAAGACGAAUUGGACUCCAUCCUGGGAGACACCUCCUUGGAUGGCAUCCUGCAAUGGGCUUUUCAUAACAUCUCUCAACCUCUUCUUAACACUCACGGGUGCUACCAGUGACUUGGAAUCCAUUUCUUUUCAACUACUCUUACUAGUACUACGACUACUAUUGAAAACGAUGAAGUCACUUUGCAAAAUAUCAGCUGUUUUUUGAUGAUAGCUCAUGAAUGCUGCAAUAGAUGGAAUGUAAGUCUCUUUGCGCAUUUUCUCAACUCAACUCAGCUGUAUUUAUC